AUGGCGGCCAUCGGUGAGGGUUUGAAGCAGAUGCUGAGAAUUUUUCGGCGAGAGAGCCACCGCUCGCCGGACUCUGAGAGGACCACAGUGCACGGGGCCGAUGCCAUGUUGAUGGUGCUGCAGCUGGUUGUGGCCCAAGUCAACAAACAACAAAGCGGAGAGUUCCAAGCGGCCCUCAGCGACGUUCUGCUGGCGUGGAAAGACUUACUGGCGGACAGACUGGGCCUGAGGCCCCCUGACGACGAGGCCUCACGAGCCGAGAGACGCGACGCCAUCGCGAAGGCCUACGAGGCCUUUCUGAAGCGCUCCAACGCCGUGGAUCUGGUCCACGUCGUCGUCAAGUACGGAAGCAUCAGGCGAGAUUCGGACCCCGAAGAGCUUGUCGGUCCUGCCCAGCUCUACGACUUCCUGUCAGGCAGCACGAUCGUCUCGGACGCGUCCGUCCCGUCAACGCCGCCCCCAACGGUCCGAACGUGCGGCUCUCGUGUCAAAUCCGUGGUUAGGAGAGUGUUUCUCUCCUACCUAAGCUUACUGGUCAACGCCAAGGACGACCUGGCGGUGGCGCUCACGCUGAAUGUUCCCGCCCGUGCGCUCGGCCGACAGACGUUCGCCGACGUCAGGCACGCGGCGAGCCGGAGCGGCAUGUCCCUGUUUUUGGCAGUGACAUCAUUCGUGAGGGCCAUCCAGCUCGGCGGCAAGGGCUACGCGCCGGCGCCCUCGGACCCGCUCAGAAACCACAUCAAGGGUCUGUCCGCCUUCGUCCACUUCCUGGACAGCCUGCAGGAGAUCCUUGGGGAGACACCGGACCCCGGCGUCUGCGGAUCCAAGCUGUUGUGCACCAUCCGCGGGGUUCUGGCAAAGGGUUGUGACUUUCGAGACUUUAAUUGCGCCACGGAAGAGACGGCCAACCUGUUGAAGGAGGAAAUCUGCAAAGUCCAAAAGGACACGGCACACGGAGAAGGAAGCGGAAUCAGUCCUGCCAGGCCAAAAGCGUACGCCGUGAACCACGCCACAGCGUACGGCGGUCGAGACACGGUCAAGGUGUUGCUGGCUCUUCUCGACGACGAAGCCGCGGCGCCGCCGACCGCCAACAAGGCCGACCUGCUUUCCGAAGAACAAGCCGUCCUCGACGGUAGCGCGGGCACCUCGAUUCUCACCUUGUUCAGGUCUCCUGAGGCGCCUGCUGGAUCGUCUCCAGAACCCCUGAAAAAGCGAGUACAAAGCCGCCUGAACCUGCUCAAACCUGAGACGAGACCCCGAGCCAUCCGAUCUCAGUUUGCCUGCACCUACCGGGACGAAGAAGAACGGCCCCUCAAUCGCGUUCUGGACUUCCCGAGCUCGAGCCAAUUGCCCACCUGCGUACACCCGGCACCCAAACCCAAAAACGCACCCACGACCACAGCCGAACCUUCCGAGAUCGUGCCCCCACUUGUUUCAAGGAGCGGGAACGCCCGCCCCCGACCGGAAUCGGUCAAGACUACGUCAAAGAAGAGGAUACGGUUGGACGCGGAAAUGGAAAACGAGCCUCCGCAGAAGAAGAAACAGCUGAUAAAAACUAGGGUAAAAACUGACAAGAAGAAGAUGAUUGCGGGACAGGCAACAAUCACGAGCUUCUUCAGAGUCUGA